GUACACCAAAAGCUCCGGAUGAGGAUCGCGUCAAAUCAUGUCCUGUUGUACUCUUCAAUCAAGAGGUUGUGUUUCCUAGCUUGGAGACAUUAGUCAUUGAAGGCAUGGAUAAUAUUAAGAUAAUAUGGGACAAUCAAGUUGCUAUGGAGUCUUUUCACAAACUAAAAUCACUUGAGGUGUGGAGAUGCAAUAAGCUAGCAAACAUUGUUCCUUCUUGCAUUCUUGAACAGCUCAAGAGCCUAGAAAGUUUGAAUGUAAUGUCAUGUGGCUUGCUUGAAGUUGUUUUCAAACUUCAGCCACUGAAUCCUCUAGAUAGACAUCCCGUUGCUCGUUUGCCGAUAAAAAAGAUGAAGUUAGAUGGAUUACCAAAGCUAAAGUGUGUAUGGGAGAAGGAACUCCACAAUCAAGUCAAAUUCUAGUGUCUUCGUUCUGUUAUCAUUUACAAAUGCAAGAACCUUGCCUUUAUAUUUCCAGCCUUAGUAGCACUAUAUCUAACCCAACUUGAGGAGUUGGAGAUCAAUGAAUGUGGCAUUGUGGAACUCAUUGAGAAGGAAGAAGGACUAGUUUCCAGGUUUGUGUUCCCAAUGUUAACCUCCCUCAAGCUUGAGCAUCUAACAAAGUUGAAGUGCAUCUAUGCCGGAAAACAUGCUUCACAUUGGCCAGCAUUGAAGACCUUGGAGGUGCGUGGCUGUGACAAAGUGGAGAUACUUGCAUCGCACCUUGAGAAUGAGAUGCCACUUCUAAAACAGCCUCUCUUCACAGUAGAAAAGGGCGCAUUCUCAGAUCUACAAGAGUUAAAAUUGGAAUCAUACAAAUGGAUGGAGAUAUGGCUUGGGAAUUUUCUUAUUGAAGAACUCUUAUGCAAGCUUAGAGUUCUUGAGCUUUGUUGUAUCUCAAAGGAAUCUGCAAUAUUCACAUGUCAUUUUGUUCAAAGUUUGACCAACUUAGAAGAGCUAGUUUUAUGCAAAUUAUAUCUAGAAGAGCUAAGCAUCAAUGUCGAAGCCGUAGGAGGCCAAAGUCAUGAGUUAAAAGUAGUAUUACCAUUUUCAAUAUAUAAUCAACAUCUAAAGACUCUAGAUGUGUCAUAUUGUGAGGUAUCAAAUAUGUUCACACCAACAAUAGUAGGAAAUUUGGUGGAACUCACAAAAUUGAGGAUAAGUAAUUGUCACAUGUUGAUAGAAGUCAUCAAGGAGGAGGAAGAUAAAGAGGGGCAUGUAGUGGCCUUCAAAAAAUUGAAGUAUAUGGAGCUUGAUGGAUUGAUAAGGUUGAGAUGUUUCAGCUCAAGUGGACACACUUUGAUAUUUCCUCUCUUGGAAGAUGUCACUAUUACUAGAUGCCCUAACAUGAAAUUCUUCUCUAAGGGGCCAAUAGAGGCACCAAAGUUGGAGAGAGUACAAGUAUCGGAAGUGGAUUGGUUUUGGAAGGAAAACCUCAACACCACCAUCCAAAGUAUGUUUGAACAAAUGGGUAUAAUUGCUGGAGUAGAGUUUAUGCGGCUGUCUGAGUUCUCAAAGCUGAUUGAAAAAUGGCACAACGAACUUAUUCACAUCAAUUCAUAUUGGCACUUAAAAGUUCUUGUGGUGCAUAAAUGUCCAUCAUUUGUUAAUGCUAUUCCAUCCAAAUUGAUGCUUGUUUUAGACAAAAUGAAAGCAUUGCAAGUGUGCGAUUGUGAGUCACUAGAAGAAAUAUUCAGUCUUGAAGGAAUGGAGGCCAUGAAAAGCACUCGGGUGCUGCCUCAGUUAGAAGAAUUGGACUUGGUCAAUUUACCAAAGUUGAGGCAACUCUGGAACGAAAAUCUUCAAGGAGGGCGCUUCAAUUCUUUAACAUACCUUGGCCUUUAUAAUUGCAGCAACUUAAGACAUGCUUUUGCUCCAUCGAUGGCUCAGUGCCUUGCCAAUCUUGAACAAAUAGAAAUAAAGGAGUGUGGAUAGAUGGAAGGAGUAAUCGCAAAGGAAGAAGGGCGAGGAAGUGUAAUGGAGAAGAUUACAUUCAUGAAGCUCAGUGAGAUAGAGUUGGAAUGCUUGCCCCAUUUUACUAGUUUCCUCUUGGGAAAGAAUUAUAUGUUGUAUUGUCCUGGAUUACAAAAGCUGACCAUUGCCCAUUGCUCCAAGAUGAGAAGUUUCACUCAGCAAUCUUUGAUGGAGAUUGAUCAAGAUGCCCCUUCACUUUUCAAUCCACAGGUACAAUUUCCUCGACUUAAGAAAAUGGUUCUCUCCCACUUGGAUGACUUAAGCAAAAUAUGGACGGACAAUCCUCAGGAAACUCUUACUUUUGAUUAUUUACAGAAAAUAGAGGCUAAGAAUUGUAAGAGCCUUGAAAUUCUAUUUCCGCAUUGGGUGGCUAGAAAUCUAAGCCACAUUAAGAAACUUCACAUAGAGUCUUGUGGGCUCAAGGAAAUAGUUGCUAGAGGAGAUCCACCCUCUAUUACUGCUCAAUUCCUUUUCCCAGAAUUGACAACUUUGGUGUUACAUGAUAUGCCACAACUCAAGAGCUUUUGUCCUAACUUGCCUACUUUGAACUGGUCAUUCUUGAAAGAAUUGCGAUUGACUCAUUGUGACAAAUUGAACAUGUUCUCUGUUAUGGCAUUCAUGAACAAGUGGGCUCAAAGAGAUGAUCAGAAUGAACUUUCAGACCAUGAAGCACACUUUUCGCUUGAGAGGGACAUUCCCAUCUUGGAAAGGCUUUUAUUGGUCGAUAAGGAUAUUCAAAUGAUAUUGGAUGGAAAAUUUCCUGAUGACAUCUUUAGCAAGCCAAAGGCACUAACAUUGGCAUGCUUUCAUGAUAAAAAGGCUGUCUUUCCUCCUAGAUUCCUUCUAGAGAGAUUUCAGAAUCUACAAAGCCUUGAGGUCUUCUGUAGUUCCUUUGAAGAUAUAUUCCCUAAUGAAGGGCUUGUGGAUGAGGGAUUACAUCCAGCGCUUGAAAAUUUAAGUGAACUUAAGUUAAGAAAGCUACAAAACAUAAAGCGUGUUUGGAGAGAAGACUAUUUGGUGGCAAAAAUUCUUCAUAGUAUUGAAACAUUUGAGGUUUGGGAUUGCCCUAAUUUGACGACAAUAUUUCCAGCAAUGGCAUCCUUCCAGAAUUUGACAAAGUUAGUGGUGAAGAAUUCAUCUGGAUUGGUACACCUAGUAACAUUUUCAACGGUUACAAAUUUGGUGCAUCUCACUGAGAUGACGAUAAUAGGAUGUGAAAGAAUGAAAGAAAUAGUAGCAAACGAUGGAAAAGGAGAAGGAGAAGUAAUUUCUCUUGAGAAGCUAGAAACAUUGGAACUACAACAUAUGCCAAGCCUGUUAUCCUUCUCCUCCAUCGAAAGUUGCAUCUUUAGGUUUCCAUUAUUGGAUGACGUUAAAGUGGAAGAGUGCCCGAGAAUGAAGAUAUUUUCCAGGGGUAUAGUAAGCACACCAGAACUUCAUUAUGCAAUGCUGUUUCAACACAUAUGGGAUGUGCGCUUGGAGGGUGAUUUGAAUACAGCCAUGCAAAAGUUAUCGGCAUAAACAAAUGCACAUAAAACUAUCACAGAUAAAGGGGAGGACCGGCAAUGUGAUUGGUACAGAGAUUUGGAAGUUUUUGAGGCACAGUCAAAGGUUGAGAUGAAGAAAUCUUUUAUUGAGGGGUCCAUAAGAGAUGAUAUUCUAAACAAAGAGGGGUGUGUUUGGCCCUAUCCAUGAAAUCUCAGCACAAAUCAUUCCAUAGUCCCAUCAGUCCAAAGGAGACUCGACUUGAAUUUAGUCUUUGCUUUUCUUGGGCCUUAGCAAUCCGGUCCGCAGGUU